GCCUCGGAACAGGGCCGAUGUCGCGGCCAUGGAGACCCAGGGCAGCUGGGGGGGGCUGACGGGUGGGGCCGAAGGGUGGGGAUGGGGCGUCUGUGACGGCACAGUGCAUCACAAUGCAGGGCUGGCAUCGAGGCCAGCAGCAGGCAGCGCUGCUCCACUUUGGCCUGGGCCAGCGAUCAUGGCUUUGGCGUUUUUCUUCACCUUGUUGGCGCAGAGAGUGGUCUUCCUUGGUGAUGAGUUGGAUGCGGAAACGCUUGAACGCAUGCGUGAGCGUGCGGUGUUUCUGCAAGAGCAGAUGACACUGCAGUGGCAGCACGUAGAGAACGUGGGGCAGAGCUGGAUGGGCAUUCGAGCCUUCCUCUCCUCUGUGUUGCCUUACUGGAAGGUUUACAGCCUUCUUGAACGCAUGCGUGAGGUGUUUCUGCGAGAGCAGAAAGAAAAGCUUCUGCAAUUAGAAGAGAGGAACCUGGAGAAGAGCAGGGUGGAUAUUCAAGCCUUGCUCUUCUCUGUGUUGCCUUACUGGAAGGUUUGCAGUGUUCUCUGUAUUCUCUUCCUUUUACUCUGGUUCAUGUGGAAGAUCUAUAAAAAGUUCCAGAGAACUGAAGACAUCAGUGAUGAGGAGAGCUCCAUCAGUGAGGAGAAGCAGCAGGAGAAGCAGCAGGAGCAGGAGGAGAAGCAAAAGGAAGUGGAAAAGGAGGAUCUUUUCUUUGCUGAUUUGCUCUGGCCAGUUGAAAGCCAUCAAAGUAACUGCAGACUUGUGCACUUCCUGUUAAGUGGCGUCAUCGAUUUUUUCCAAUACACCUUGGCAGAUACAUUCUAUCCAGUGCCAGAGCGUGCCAUCGGGGUGGGCAGUGCCUACGAAGACUGGUCCCCCCCUGAGAACGAACCCGUCUACUGCCUGCUUGUGCCACUGAUGGCUCCCCGUGGGCACGUUUUCCACCUGGAUCUGGGCACCCCAGGGGUGCUGCCAUCAAGGAACUCCCGUAUCCGUGUAGAUCUGGAAUGCACGUGCGGGAGGGAGCAGCAGAUGCGUAUGAAGUGCUUCCUCCACACCGCCUGGAGAAAGCUGGGAAAUCAGCGGCCCAGCCUCCUACACGAACUCUGCACUGGCUCCUACCUAGAUACGGAGAAGACAGCCCGCUGGUUCCAGGCACUGAUCGAAGAUGCCUGGAAACGUUUGCGUUUUCCAAAACCGUACAGACUUAAUGCACAGGCACGCAGGCGCUCCUGCAGGCUUCGUCUGACAGAUUUUGACCAAACAGUCUACCUGGUCAACAUUCUGUUUGGAGUCCAGCAGGACAAUACCGACAUCUAUCUGAACAGCCAGGAGAUACAGGUUGGUAGUGUUCCCAGCACGACCUGGCCACAGACCUGUGCGGUGGCAGAGGCGAAGUUUUUCCAGCACGUAGCCUCCCAUGCCGAGGAGAGCAAUUUCUAUGUCAGACACAUGCAAGUGGCUGCCUAUAUCCGGGCGGGCCUCCACUUUUCUCCCUACGAACUGAAGACCGUGCUCAUGCACCUCCUGACUGCCAUCCCUUUGGAGAGCUGGAAAGGGAGGUAUUUCCUGCUGCGGGUGGAUGACAUCGUGCGCUACCUGCGCUGCUGCGUGGAGGAGAAACGCCUGAAUCAUUUCUUCAUAGGAAAUGAGGACGUGCCUGCAGAGAUUAUCUUGCCGCAGGAAUUCCGAGCGUCCCAACCGCUCAACCUCUUCCAGCACCUGGUGCAGGAUCCGGGCAGACAGGAGCAGGCGCUGCAGGAGGUGGAGGAGCUGCAAGAUCGGCUCGCAAGCCUGCUGAUCUAUGGGAAAUAAGAGACGCCCACUUGUUCCACAGACGAGCAGCUACAGCAGGCUACGUCUGAUGGAUUUCAAAAGAAGCUGCUUACUUAAGACAGCGUUUGGAGUAUUGCAAGAACACGAGGACAUCUAUCCGAGCAGCCAGGAGACAGAGACAGCACCACCCGUAUCCAUGUAGCCACCGGCAUUUCUGCGUAUGCCAUGUUAGUCCAGCCUUUUAGAUGCCGGGGCCACAUGGAGUGAAGAGGAACUGUCUUCGGCCACACUGAAAAUACAGUUAAUGUAGAUCAGGAAAAAAAUAAUUAUUCCAUCGAUGUAUAC